CUCUUUUCUUCACCAAUUCCACCACCAAAACCCUCAGCUCCAGCCAUGAAAAUUGCCCAAUGGUGCAGAUCAAAAGGGAAUGCGCACUGAAUGAGAUGGAGGGCGAGCGUUGGGCUAUGGUGGAGAAAUCUGGCACUCAGUUUCUGGUGAAUGGCCAACCUUUCUUCGUAAAUGGAUUCAAUACGUACUGGCUUAUGGUCUUCGCCGCCGAUCACUCCACUAGAGGGAAGGUCGGUGAGGUUUUUAAGCAGGCGGCGGCGUCCGUAAAUGUUUGCAGGACUUGGGCUUUCAACGAUGCGGGAUGGCGAGCGCUUCAGAUUUCUCCGUCGGUGUACGAUGAGGAGGUGUUCCAGGGGCUGGACUUCGUGGUGAGCGAAGCUGGAAAUCAUAAUAUGAGAUUGAUACUUUCGUUUUGUAAUAAUUGGGAAGACUAUGGAGGGAAAGCUCAGUACGUGAAGUGGGGAAAGGAAGCUGGCCUCAAUCUUACUUCUGAUGAUGAGUUCUUCGUGGAUCCAACCAUUAAAGGUUACUAUAAAGCUCAUGUUGAGAGAGUUCUGAAUAGAAUCAAUACUUUCACCAACGUGAAGUAUAAGGAUGAUCCAACAAUCUUUGCAUGGGAAUUAAUGAAUGAGCCACGCUGCCUAUUGGAUCCAUCAGGUGAUACUCUACAGGCAUGGAUAGAAGAGAUGGCUCAUUUUGUCAAGUCCAUCGAUCCAACCCAUAUGCUAGAGAUAGGGUUGGAAGGUUUCUAUGGCCCCUCAACACCAGAGAAAGUGCAACUUAACCCUAACUCUUACAUGGGACAAGCUGGAACUGACUUUAUCAGAAAUCAUCAAACUCAAGGCGUCGAUUUUGCUUCAGUUCACAUCUAUUCAGACACUUGGCUGCCGGAUUCAUACUCCGAUGAACAUUUUGACUUCGUCGAGAAAUGGAUGCAGAGUCACAUGGAUGAUGCUGAUAAAACAUUAAACAUGCCUGUUGUAUUUGGAGAAUUUGGGGUGUCUUUAAAGGAUGAGAGAUUUACCUCAGAGUUUAGAGAAGCUUUCAUCAGCACAGUACACAAGAUGCUGUUGAGGUCAAGCAAAAGAGGGGGAAGUGGGGGAGGAAGCCUGCUGUGGCAGCUGUUCCCUGAGGGGAUAGAACACAUGGAUGAUGGUUAUGCUGUUGUUUUAGCCAAAUCUCCGACGAUGUCGAAUAUGAUCUCCCUCCAUGCCACAAAGCUUCAGAAGGUGAGUUCAGAAUCCAGUUGGAAUGAUGGCAAUGGUGAGGAUGAUGAACUUUUUCAUGAAGAACUCUGAUUAGAGGAGAGCUCAAUUGGAUGCUAUGAAACUGCAUGUAAUAUUUUUUUGCUCAGUUGUUGUGAUGCCAUACUACCUGAACUCUCUACAAUAUGUAAAGAUUUUGUUUUGUAGGGCUCAAGUAAUAAAUAAUCUUUAAA